UGUUUUCGUUCCUCGGUCGAUCAACGCUCCGCACACUUUCGUACGCUAGCAGACGGGUUCCGUUAAGCAGAUACGGCAUGGCUUCUUCAGCUGCAAAUGUUGCGCCCAUCGAGAGCUUCGGUGAGAAGAGACCUGCGGAAGAGACGCCGUUGAGAAGCGAGGAAGGAUCACGGGGCAGUUACAGGUUCAAGAAUAAGAGAAUGAGAAAGGGCCAUGCCGAGACCAGCAACAUCCUCAAGACGAACGGGAGCAACGAGGAGAUUCUGUUGGAAGAUGUCAAAGCUCUCUUGAAGAGCCUCAAUCUGGAAAAGGAUGUCUCAGCAGAGCUGCCGGAGCUCAGGUCCGAAGUGGAAGUCACCAUCAAAGAGCUCUCUUCCACUGGCGACGGCCUAGGGUUUCAAGAAGGGUCGGCGUCAGACCAAGUCUAUGUGGUUCCGUUCACAGCACCCGGCGAUACCGUCACCGCCAAGAUCUUCAAGCACGAUCAGAAGGAUAAGAUCUCUAUGGCCGAUUUCGUCAAAGUCACGAAACCUUCGCCACACCGUGACCCAUCAUUGGUCAAAUGCCCAUACUUUGCUAGCUGCUCAGGAUGCCAAUUUCAGAUGCUACCGUACGACUACCAGCUUGCCCACAAGAAAACUAUCGUGGAGAAGGCAUACAAGAACUUUUCUCAACUGCCGCCAGAGCUUAUUCCUACCAUUGGCGAUACUAUCGGCUCGCCUUUACAGUACGGCUACCGGACAAAACUCACACCGCACUUUGACGGUCCGCCGGAUUCUCGUCGGAGCGACGGCAGGAACGGUAUCAGACGAAAGUUCCAAGAAGUUCCUCCUAUCGGAUUCAUGAAGAAGGGCACACGGAUCACCAUCGAUAUCGAGGAUUGCCCUAUUGGUACAGAAGCAAUCCGCAAUGGCAACAAGCGCGAGAGAAAACGCGUCGCAAACGAGCUUGAUAAGUACCACAAGGGUGCCACGCUACUCCUCCGCGAAACUACGGAGCGUAUCUCAAAGGAAAACUAUGAUUACUCGGAAGAGCACGACCCAGACGCCGUCAUCGAAGAUCGUGGCGAGCACCUGCACCGCAAAACAUGUGUCACGGACCCGAACGCCAAAAGCACCGAGUACAUCGAUGACUUCCAGUUCGUCAAUCCCGCGGGUUCCUUUUUCCAGAACAACAACUCCAUCCUACCCAUAUUCACACAAUACAUUCGGGACCAUAUUCUACCUCCCACCUCCGACCACAAAGUCAAGCAUUUGAUAGAUGCAUACUCCGGCUCUGGCCUCUUCACCAUCACCCUGUCAUCGCUGUUCAAGUCGUCGCUAGGCAUCGACAUCUCCUCAUCCUCGAUCUACUCUGCGACACACAAUGCCGAAAUCAACAACCUCCCUGCCUCGACCGCGAAGUUCAUUGCGGCAGAUGCUUCCGCGCUAUUCGCCAGCAUCGAUACAGACGCCGCCGAAACCGUUGUCAUGAUCGAUCCGCCGCGGAAAGGCUGCGAUGAGAGUUUUCUGCGCCAGUUGGUGCGGUACGGACCUGCCCGUAUCGUGUACGUGAGUUGCAACGUACACACGCAGGCUCGGGAUGUUGGUGUCUUAGUUGGAGGGAUGAAGGGGGUUGAUGGUGGCUUUGGAAAUGGAGAGGGGUGCUACGACAUCGAGAGCAUCUGUGGGUUUGACUUCUUCCCUCAGACUGGACACGUUGAGGGUGUCGCUGUGUUGAGGCGGAAAGAAGCGAAGCAUUGAGCGAGGGAGAGACUCCAAGAGAAGUGUGUAAACGUCAGGUUUUCGAUCCUGUGCGCGAACAGUGACGAGGGACACUUUGUCCACAUGG